GAAUGUCAAUGUCAAAUAAAACGUCAAUUCGGCCGAGUUUAUUUCGAUUUUGGUUUACGAAAAUGUGGGAUAUGUUGUAAAAAAGUGUAUUGAACUCAUAUUAUUUGGCAUCGCUAUGAAAUAAAGAUAACCAACUGUUAUUUUUGCUAUCUUUUUCAAGUAACGUCUUUUUGUAUAUUAAGAAAAGGUCUUCAAAAUGCUGAAGAAGCGUAGCGUGUGCCUGGCCUUGGCGGUGUUCCUCGGGUCGGUGGCGGUGUCACUAGCGCAGGGCCAUGCGCCCGUGCCGCCAUCGCCUGUCCCGCCCCAGCCUACGACCACACAGCGUGCGGCGAUACAAGGCAGCUUUCUCCAAGGGUUCCUCGCUUCGCUAUCCGUCGUAAUAGUCUCGGAGCUUGGAGACAAAACCUUCUUCAUCGCCGCAAUCAUGGCCAUGAAGCAUCCAAGAAUCAUUGUAUUUGCUGGUGCGAUAUCAGCUCUAGUCUUCAUGACGAUCCUAUCGGCAGCCUUUGGUUGGAUAGCAACAGUCAUACCAAGAGUUUACACAUACUACGCCAGUGCAGCGUUGUUUGCAAUCUUCGGUAUCAAAAUGUUAAGGGACGGGUGGAAAAUGGACCCCAACGAAGGCCAAGAAGAAUUAGAAGAAGUCCAGAGUGAAUUAAAAAGAAGAGAAGAUCAGGAAGAAAAAGAAGAAACCCUAGACAUGCUUGAGCAAGGGCAGGCAGAGAACAGGCGGCGGAAACGAAACGCUGUCUUAAAGGUCCUGUUCCAAGCCGCGUCACUCACUUUCUUAGCUGAGUGGGGGGAUCGGUCGCAGCUAGCGACCGUGGUACUGGCCACGAGGGAGCAUGCGGUCGGUGUCGUGGUAGGGGGGUCUCUGGGCCACGCGCUCUGCACUGGUUUGGCUGUGAUAGGCGGCAGGAUGGUUGCCGCCAAAAUUUCUGUUAGGACUGUUACCAUAAUCGGUGGUCUUGUGUUCCUGUUUUUCGCUGUGAGCGCCCUCUUCAUCGGGCCCGGUGAAUAGGCCCUAGUAUAUAGUUAUGUGUAAGUGACAAUAUGUAUUGUACAUUGUUAUAUUAGCUUAGACAAUCUCACUUGUUUAUCUAUGUAUAGAAAGUUUGUGCUAAAUGUAUUUGUAUUGAAUUGUUAGUUGUGUGGUGGUAAGCAAGUAACUUGGUUGAAAACUGCCUGAGAGUGGAAAUUGUUGCAAAAAGAUGUGAAAGAGAUAGUGCACAACGGUGUAUAGUGUUGUCUCUCUUACUUGUGAAGAUAAGAUAGGCAUCAAAUCGAAAAGGAAAUUUAGAAUGAGUUUAAUCAAUCAAUCUACAUUUGACGCCUAUUAAUAAAUAAGAGACUAUCAAAAAACGAUUUCUGCGCAGAUAAGGCCUUAAUUGUUACUAGCUGACAACUGCAUUACUAACUAUGAUACUGCCACUCUGCUUAUGGCGAAAUAAAUAAAAGUAACUCAAAACGGUAAACAUCAGUAGGAGAGCAAAAUGAACUCUAAUACCUUGAGAUAAAGACCAUGUCAAUGACAAAUUACCUCUGUCUCAGUCGCGCGAAUAUCUAAAUGACAAUGGAUAAUGUUUUGGUACGUACUUCCAGUUAUUUAUUUCGGCCCAAGCAUUUCUUGCGGGUUGAAACCCUGUAUAGAAAAUUAUUAUUUUUAUAUAAAAAAUACCAGUGUAAAUAUAUUUUUUUAUAGUCAAAGCUAAGUAAUUAUGGUAUAGACAAGAUUUUCUGCACUAUAGUUCGUACAAAUACGUUUAGUUAUUGCUAGAACAACACUAGCUUAACUGUGCGAUGAAUGAACAAAACAUUUUUAGUAAAGAGUGAAAUAUAAAUGAACGAUUUGAAUUCAAUUCUUGUUUCGCUAGUUAUAUAUUUGGCUUACUUUUGACCUCAAAUGUACGAUAAUUAAAAAUAUAUAUAUAAAUAAAUAAAGUAUUCUGAAACGGCUUGAUAUUAAUUCAUUAAAUUGCGUUUUAAGCAUAUGAGGUACGAAAGCCCCAAGAAUUUGUAUGGCGUUGGUCACUUUGAGACUAAACCUGGUCUUGGAGAGAAUGCUUUGUCUUUUAAAUGAAAAGCCUUGAUUUUAGUUAGUCAUAUAAUAUUAAAUUUGCUAUUUAUGCGGUUGAAAAAUGUACUGUUAACAGCAAAAGUUGGUUAACACAGGAAAAUGUAGGUAUUGGUGUUUUAGUAUGUUUCAAUGUGCCUACUUUGUUAUCUAAACUUAAUAGUCAAGUCAUUUAAUAUCGUCUCGAGGCAAAUAAUUUAAAACCUUGAAAACAUUUUAAAAUCUUCGUCGAUCGUAUUUAUUUGAAAUUUUACAAUUCUUUAAAUAUCUUAUGGUAUUGUUCUGAGUGCUGUUGCUGAUCGUACCAGAUAAAGUUAAGAUAGUGUUGUUCUAAAAUGAUUGGAUUACAAUUGAUGUUAAAUAUAUCGUGUUUUAGCAGUACUUGAGUGGCGUGUGCACGAUAGUACACUUUAAGUGUUUAUUUGUUAUCAUGAAGAGGUUAUUGUACACCAGAUAUUGUCUUGAUAAAGGAUCAAACAUUGUGUCAAGCGAAACUGAACCUUAUGUCAUAGGUGUAAGAGCGUUACAGAAAAUUUUGAUGUAUUAAGAUUAUGGAAAAACUAAAUUGAAUGUAUUCGGGAGCUGUGAUUCCACAGACAGAAACUUAAAAACCUCUUCUUCUUUUUGCGUUGAGGGCUCACAACUAUAACAGUUUUGCCAAGGUAGCAUAACAUUAAGUCACCUCUUAUCGAAUAGCCACAAUUAAAUUUAACAUACGAUCGUAUGACGCCAAGAGUUAGGUUUAGUGAAUGUGUGGGCGCACACGUACGACGAUAACGCUUAUCCAAAAAAUGAUAGCGAAGACAAUUGAUCGGAUUAGAUUGCACCAUAAAUGUUUUAUCCUUUCACAAGAUAAAUUUGACUUGAAAGUGAAUGCACGCCAUUGAGUACUUGUUAAACAUGAAGCUACCACUAAAAUUGUUUUUGAUAAAGUUGAUAGUACCUAUUUAUAUUCAGAAAUGUCACUUUUAUUAUGUAUUGUGUAGGUACUUGUUUUACCUGCGAGUGUAAUGGUUGAACAUUUAUUUUGGUCUAUAAAUGUAUUGGAUGACAGGUUUUUAAAUUCUUCCUAACAUAUAAAAAUAUACUUUAAAGAUUGACAGUGAGAUUUUAAUAAGUAUUGUUCAACAUUAAACCGUUUUCUGUGGUAGCAAUACUUGCAUAUAUUUUUGUAGGUUGUCUCGAAAAUGUGACUCAGGGAUUUUAUUCACGAGGCAAUAUAUGGCCAACAACAGGUGCUUAUGUACUAAACAAAUCGUGUGGUUACAGAUAGUCGCGUUGUCUCGUUUGUGAAGUCUUAAAAAUAAACAAAAUUAUUACUUCUCUCGAAAAAACUUAUUUUUUACGGCCUGUAUAUAAUGUAUGAAAUUAUGAAAAACACGAACAUAUUUUGUCAACAAGAAACAAAUAACGUGAUGUAUAGACUCGCUUUCUUAAAUAGAAUUGACAUUAGCAAGCAAUGCAAGCGAAUGUUAAUUCAAUGUUAUUAUUUUUAUACCUGCCUGAUAUGUAUAGAUAAAUGUAUGAAAGUUUGUGACAAUAGAUUUGUAAUGAGA